CGCCAACCCCACCAAACACCGCCGACUCCAGAGACAAAGACCCCAAGAGGUAGGCGAAGCUUGACGUCGACACCAAAGCUGCCUGGAUCUACAUCGACCUGCCUGCCAGGUGGUAGAACAGAACAGCACAGAACAGAUUGGACCAUCGAAAAAUAUCAUCACUUCUAUCUUACCUGGCCUGUCCAUUGCCUGCCUCUUUUGCCUCUUGUCCUUUAGCGCCACCAGCUAAGCCAGACCUCCUUCUAGCCGAGCGACAUUGCUUCCGCGCGACCUUGGAUCUCCAGAGUGCUGAAGCUACCUUAUUUGUCAUCACGGCCACGACGACAACAACAACCAUGCGCAGUGCCAUAGAUCAUGACGCUCUCACGAGCGAAUUCAUAAGCGCCACAGGCGCCACCGUUGACCAGGCCACGCAAUAUCUUACUGCGAGUAACUGGGACGUCAUGGUUGCUGCUGAAUCCUACUUCGUCGACGAGGACGACGACGCGGAAAUAAAGGCCGCCGCCGCUACUUUUCGUGCCGGUGCCAGUGGCGGUGACGCCAGCAGCUCCUCUGCUGCCCCUCCCGACUAUACCGGCCCUCGCACUUUGGAUGGCCGCCCCGUUCCCCAAGCUAUUCCCACCACAUCAAGUUCCUCUUCUUCGAAAAGACCACAGAAGAAGACAGGGCUGGCAACAUUGAGCUCCCUAGGAGACGGUCAUGCUCACGACCACGAUGACCACAAACGCGAUGAUGAUGGUGGUGACGAUGCUGCUCGCCGAGAUACAUAUGCUGGUGGUGAGAAGAGUGGUUUGGCGGUUCAAGACCCAACCCAACGUGCCGAUCCAAGACGUAUAAUCAAUGAUCUACUCUCCAAAGCCAAGAGUAACGCUCGGCGCCCUGAAGCAUCUGCUCCCUCCGAAGCCCCCAGCUCUUCGUCUUUCCGAGGAAGUGGUCAGACAUUAGGUGGCGAAGGUACCGAGAGUCGUGUGAUCCCGGAUCCACGCGCUUCUUCAAGCCGUGCCCGUCCACAGCCAAGCGCUGAAACUCAAGAGCGACUCUUACACGUUUGGCGAGAUGGCUUUAGCAUCGACGAUGGGGAGCUGCAUCGCUUCGAUGACCCCGCAAACGCCGAGGAUCUACGCAUGAUUCAGUCGGGCCGCGCACCUCUCCACCUGAUGAAUGUGCGCUACGACGACCCCGUAGAUGUCAAGGUAAAGCAACAUGAUGAGAACUAUCGACCGCUUCCGAAGACGUAUAAACCAUUCAGUGGAGAAGGUAGACGUCUCGGUAGUCCCGUGCCCGGCGAGGCUGCUUCUACCGCUACAUCUUCUACAACAGCUACAUCGAAUCUUCGUACAGUUGAAUCAUCGUCGGCUACCACUCCAACUGCUCCCGUCGAUGAAUCCCAACCUUCUGUGACAAUCCGAAUCCAAAUGCCAGAUGGCACAAGACUACCUGCCCGAUUCAACACAUCGCAAACGGUCAGUGAUAUCUACGAUUUCAUCAGCCGGGCUUCACCUGAACUGAGAGAGGGUGGUUGGGUCCUGGCUACUACUUUCCCCAACAAGGAUCAUACAGACAAGACUUUGGUUAUAGGCGAUAUGGGGGAAUUCAAGAAGGGUGGUACCGCUGUUGUAAAGCGAGGUGCCUGAACAGAUCCACGGAAUUAGUAUUGAUAGACGUCAAUUGCUAGGUGGGAAGUGGGUGUUCCUCCACCCUUGGCAGAAAUGAAGGAAAUAGUUGUACGUAUAGAUUCGGGUAGAAAGGCGUCCGCUUCCUGGUAAGUUUUACGAGAGCCUAAAAACGCAACAUAAAGACCGUACUACUCAUAUUCUCGGAAACUAGAGCAACAAGAACAAAAAUUUUGACUUGACUAUAUUGUACCAAGAUGCCAACAUCUAUAAGUUUACGACCGAUGAAGGAAGGAAUGUCUAUGACCAGCUUAUAGUUCAUAUCAUUGUAAAUAUGUGCUCACAACACUUCCGGUCUGGGCUUGAGCUUUAUAUCUCUCACACACCUAAUUUACAUCCUCGUUCGUAGCAGUAGCUUUUAAAUGAAAUCCCUAUUGUUGAUGACUCAAAACAAGGCUGUCUUUCCACUGAAUGUACCUAAUCACGUAGAAUUUUACCCAUUGCAGAUAUAGGCUUUAUCCACUUGCUCAUC